GCCGCCCUGCCGCCUCGGAGAGAGCCGUUGGUGGGCAGGAAAUACGCAGGCCGGCGCGGGCUCCUGGAUGAAGCGGGACGGCCGCGCUGCAGCAUGACCCAGUCGGUGGUCAUACAGGUCGGCCAGUGCGGAAACCAGAUUGGCUGCUGCUUCUGGGACCUGGCGCUGAGGGAGCACGCCGCAGUCAACCAGAAAGCGAUUUAUGAUGAGGCAAUAAGCAGCUUCUUUAGAAAUGUGGAUACCAGAGUGGUUGGUGAUGGUGGCAGUAUUUCCAAGGGGAAAAUUUGUUCUUUAAAAGCACGAGCUGUCUUGAUUGACAUGGAGGAAGGGGUAGUAAAUGAAAUUCUUCAGGGACCAUUGAGAGAUGUAUUUGAUAGUAAGCAGCUCAUCACUGAUAUUUCUGGCUCAGGGAAUAAUUGGGCUGUGGGUCACAAAGUGUUUGGCAGUCUUUAUCAGGAACAGAUUCUAGAGAAACUCAGAAAGUCAGCAGAGCACUGUGAUUGUUUGCAGUGUUUUUUUAUAAUACAUUCCAUGGGAGGAGGAACAGGAUCUGGACUUGGCACAUUUCUUUUAAAGGUGCUUGAGGAUGAAUUCCCAGAAGUAUACAGAUUCGUGACUUCAAUUUAUCCUUCUGGUGAAGAUGAUGUCAUAACCUCGCCUUAUAAUAGCAUGUUGGCAAUGAAGGAACUUAACGAGCAUGCAGACUGUGUGUUGCCCAUUGACAACCAAUCUUUAUUUGACAUCAUUAGCAAAAUUGACCUCAUGGUGAAUUCUGGAAAGUUGGGUACAGCUAUAAAGCCAAAGAGUCUGGUUACUUCAAGUGCUGGAGCUUUUAAAAAGCGGCAGGAGAAACCAUUUGAUGCAAUGAACAACAUUGUGGCAAAUUUGCUGCUCAACCUAACAAGCUCUGCAAGGUUUGAAGGAUCCCUUAAUAUGGACCUUAAUGAAAUCAGCAUGAAUUUAGUUCCUUUUCCUCAGCUGCAUUAUCUUGUGUCAAGCCUAACACCUCUGUAUACACUGGCAGAUGUUAACAUUCCUUCUCGAAGGUUGGAUCAGAUGUUUUCAGAUGCCUUCAGUAAAGAUCACCAGCUAAUUCGAGCUGACCCCAAACAUAGUCUCUACCUCGCCUGUGCCCUCAUGGUUAGAGGAAAUGUACAGAUUUCUGAUCUUCGCAGAAAUAUUGAAAGAUUAAAACCUUCUCUACGGUUUGUCUCCUGGAAUCAAGAAGGCUGGAAGACCAGCCUGUGUUCAGUACCUCCUGUGGGCCAUUCCCAUUCAUUAUUAUCUUUAGCAAACAACACAUGCAUCAAGCCUACCUUCAUAGAACUGAGAGAGAGAUUCACGAGGCUCUACAGAAAAAGGGCUCAUCUUCAUCACUAUCUACAAAUUGAAGGGAUGGAGGAAAGCUGUUUCACAGAAGCCCUGUCAUCUUUAUCAGCGCUCAUACAGGAAUAUAACCAACUGGAUGCCACAAAAAGCAUGCCUGCCGAGGAGUUACCUAGACUAAGCGUAGCUGUGUGAAAAAGAAACCCCAAAGAUACAAUUUCUUUUUCUUAAUUUCACAUGUUUUGUCCCCUUACCUUUCUAUUUUAGAAUUUUUGUGAUUCAGAAAGGCUGAUUUGUGUUUUUCAUAUUGGGAAGUUUUUGUCUUUAGAGUAGUUUCCAUUUAAUCACAAUUUGUUGAUGAUCCCACUGUGUGAAAUUAGCCAAGUCCUAGUGCCUUGACUUUAAACAUCUGUCUUUCAAAAAGUCGUGUUUUCUAAAAUUGAGAGAACAGAGUUCUUCAGCAUUUUAUUUUAUUUAUAGUCUCAUAUGUAGGCAUUUAUACAGAGAUAAUCAUGUCUUCAGUAAGUCUUGUACAGAUGUAUUUUUUAUAUUUAUUUAUAAUUUAUGUCUUCACAUUCUGUUUAAAUUCUCCUAACUCUUUAAAAGUAAAUACGGGAGUAGAAGAACACAGUAUAAAUAUUUCUAUGUAAUACCCACUAACUUCAGAAAUAGAUUUUAUUACAACUUGAGGUUUCAUUUCUUCUUUGGGUAACCACUUGUUUGCACUCAAAAGAAUCACAAUUUACAAUUAUUUUAACUUGUAUUAAAUUAUUUUUAAAUAUAAUGGUUUUUUAUCAAACCAGUUAAUUUUGUAACAAUAAAUGUCCAUGUUUUUAAACCAUGCUACUUAUCAGUUUUGCUUGUCCCUUUUUUUUUUGGCCAUGCCACAUUGCAUGUGGGAUCUUAGUUCCCCAACCAGGGAUCAGACCUGCACCCCUUGCAUUGGGAAUGUGGAGUUUUAACCACUGAACUGCCAAAGAAGGCCCACUUGUCACUAUUUAUACAAGCAAACAGAACAUUACUAAGCUUGAUAUCCUCUUUGAAACUUUGCAGUAAAUGACUAAUAGUCUAGUGAAAGUGUUCCGGUUACUAUAAAUCUCCAGUUUUAGUCUUCAACAUUAAUUUAUCUUUAAUCACAAUUUAUAUUUAAAAUUCAUAGGUGAUUUAUCAUUUAAGGAAGUAAUUUUGAGCAACAAUUUAUUUUCAAGCCAGAAAAAUCUGUUGGGUGCUUUCUUUAAUGUUAUUUUUUAAAUUUCUUUCCUUUUCAGAGUAAGGAUACUGCUCUUGGUCUUUAUCUUGGAAAUUACAGUAUUUGGUAUAAAUUUUUGGUAUAAAAAUUUAGAUUACAGUUGUCAACAGUGGCCAAAGAAGUUCCAUUUUUUCCUUCCAAAAGAAAUCUUAGUAAACUGUUAUUCAGGAUAGAGCAAUGGAAAUAAUAAAUAUAUUUACAACUUAGUCUUAUUCCUAGUUAAGAUUUAAUCUAGAAAAUCUUGCUCACCCUAUAAUGAUUAUGUGAUUGGAGCCUAGGCUGUAUUGUCAAAGUACAGUUUUAAAACUUUAAUAUGCUUUUUAUAUAGCUUCAACAGAUCAUUUCAGAUUAUUUUAUAGAAUAAAAUGUUCUCUUGUAAAUUGUAUAACGUUUCAUUAUGGAAUAUGUAGAUGGAACCAAAUACUUUUGUAUUACAUAAUUAUACACUUUAAGAGCUCAAUUUUAAGGUUUUCGUAUUUUACAUAUAUUUUUAGGAGAACCUUUUUUAAAGCUUCUAAUGCCUUAAAUACAGUUAUCUGAGAAUUAGCUAGGCAUUCUUACUGUUUUAAACCAAUAAGGCAGAUUUGCCACCCUUUUAAAACCAUUUUAAAUUUUGAUGUAAUGACAUGAUUGACCUUAACUUUUUCCCCAUGUGCUUGGUUUUAUAGGAUCUUGAUCUCAAAAAAUAUAUCUCCUGGAUCUCUGCAGUUUCUCUGACAUACACAAGAUGUAAUCCACAGCAUCUUCCAUUUAAAUGACCCUUCGUUUGGGCAAUCAAACUGAAUGGUAAUCAUUUUAGACUUGUUAGGGACACAGCAUCUUUUAUCCAAGCAUAUCCCACAGAAAGUGGGUUUGUAACUCUGAGUGCUUGAGCAUCCGGAAAAGACAAAUUUUUCAGCUUUGACAGGUUGAAAAGUAGGUUGGCAUGUUUUUCCUUUGGGGAUCUGAAAAGAUAUAUAACGUUAAGAAGUCACUCUUUAAACUUGAUUACAGUAGUUCAGAAAAGCGAUACUUUGUGGACUAUUACAUAAAUACACAGAUAUAAUUUCAGGGCAUUAAUAGUUGCCAUUUAGUGACAUCCAGCCCUUUCUUUUCUGCCUUUAAAAUCCCCUCUCACCAGAGGACCUAGGAAGUCCUCCCUGUGCUUCCUCCAUCAUAUUAUAGGACCCACUCCCCAAUGUUUUUCUGCUAUCUACCCUUGACUUAGUUCCACAAUAAAUGAAAAUUUCUGUUUUAUUUAAUAUUAAGGGCCAAGACUUAAAUUCUCUAAUAUGGCUCAGACAGUUUUAAGUAGAUGGAUAGAUGAAUGAACAUCUUAAUCCCUUUGAAAUUGUCAGCUUUCUAAUAAAUAGGAUAGGGAAUAACUUACUUAGGGAUAAGAUUGGUUUUGUAGCAUUUCUAAAAAUUACUCGAGACAGUCACAGAAGCAGGACCAGCUCUAGUUAUACCAAGAGUAUGUAUUAUUGUAUCAUAGUCCUUUGGCAAGUAGUAGCUAAGCAAAGCAUUUUGGAAAUAGUGUGGUUCCCUCUCCAAGUUGGUGAUACAUAAGAUCAGAACUUCUCUGAUGUUCCUAAUGUUUUUAUAAUUAUGAUGUAGCAACCAAAAUCUUUUAUCAAUUGCUCUGAUUCCACUACAUAAAAUUAAUAUAGGAAAAAGAAGGUAGAAUCUGAAAAGGAUCCUCUCUGGAAAAACAAUAUACAUGGUGGGGUGCCCCAACAAAUCAGGCUGAUCAAGACCCACACUAGUAAGCUGUUAACCUGUUGAUUCUAGAUACCCUAACAUUACCUCUCUGCUUGGUGAAAUUUUUCCCACAAAGUGCAGUUAAUAUCUGCUUUCCUCCAAGAUAGUUUGACUUUAAGAGUUAUAAUGAAGUGGUUUUAUUAAUAAACACUUCCAAAACACACACAUACAUAGACACACACAUACUUUUCAGGAGUUUCAAUAUUGAAUUAUCAUGAAGUUAAAUCUACUUAAACUUUACCUUUACUGUCUUUGAUAUAUUACUGUCACAAGGCUGAAUGUAGCACAGUCUUUUCUCAUUUCUCAUUUCACAGUUGCUGUUUUCAUUGGUUACCCUAUUAGAUAUGCCCAUCCCACAUGUUCUGGAGCAAGGGGUCCACUUCGUUGCUUGCACAAGACAUUUUCUUUUCCAAAUAAGUGGGAGAUUCCUAUAAGCUAAAAUAAAGGAGGAGGGAGUGCAUGUGUAUAAAUAUAUAUGUAUUCAUGUAGGUAGAUAAUUUUUAAUCAUUAUUUUUAAGCUAAUAGUUAAUAGAUCUGAACUUUAUAUAAAGUAAUUCAGAAUAAAAUAAGCUUAUGGUCUAAUUAUUCUCUUUUUCCCACUCCCCAAAUUAUCUUUCAAUCAAGUAUUACAGUGCAGUAUCUUAGGAGGAAUAAAAAUACUUUAUCUUUGAAAAACUGAGUAAAGUACCCAUUUGCUUCUUUCUGCGUAGCCCAUCCUCUGAGUACUAAACAAGCUUAUGCUUUGAUGGAUAUCUGCCUUUUCCCUGGUUCUUGCCUCAUGCUUGAUGUUAUUUUCAACAGAUGUUGAAACAGACAUCAGUAGGAUUAGGGAAUUCAAGAUAUUAAUCAGAACAAGGUGGUCUUACUGUUAAAUUUCGUGAUGUUAAAAUCUAAAAUACAAAAGUUACAUUUGAGAAUUCAGCUAUCAAUGAGACCAGUUAUUUUCUUCUCCACUUUUUAAAAUCUAGUCUUUUAGAAAAUUCUCUACGUUACACUGAACUAAUCUAAAUACUUAUACUAAGUCAUGAAAAAUGUGCAAUCCAUUUUAUUCAGUCAGCUUAACUAUUACAUUCCCUAUGGUAUCAGGCCUAUGGUAUUCCCUCUG